GUGGGCUUCUCUCCUGGACUACAGCGCUACAACGUGCUUGAACAGCGCUCAGGAGCAGGGACAGAGCUUCUCCUCAAGACAUCACUCCUCCUCAGAGGCAUUCAGCUGAGGGCUCCCAGCGCCAAUUGCACCCCCGCCUCCCAGCCACUCUCCCCACCCCCCGCCUGGUUUCUGCACGCAAACAAAGGCUCCCAGCACCAAUCAGAGCCCCGCUUCCCAGCCUGGGACUCCCUCUGGUUGAGUGUAGAAGCUAGGCCGCGGGAGUGUCUGGGAGUCUCAGCUACCCCCGUCCCCACCAGGUUUUUGCACGCUACCACAGGCUUCCAGCCCCAAUCGCAGCUCUGCCUCCCAGCCACUCCUCUGCCCCUGCCAGGCUUCCGUCCAGCACCUGGCCAGAAAAACAAAAUAUCGGGCAUUGCACAUGUCUAGUAUUUUCUGAAUUUUUUUUACCAGACAGAGGACACAAAAACCAGAUUGGUAGAAUAGCGGACACCUGGCAACCCUACAUGGGGGUGUCUUUUGAGCUACCCGCUUCAUGUGCCAAAAUGUUGUGGGCCAGCCCUGGAGUGCAGGAGUCUGGGAAGAGGACAUGAGGAGAGAGCUCGGGCCUGGGAGUGUAGCCACUGUGCACCUAAGGAAACAAAAGCAUCAGCUAUUGUAUACAAUAGGCCAGGGUCUGUGACCUGAUCUAAGACUGAAAGCAUGUGCAGGUUGGUGAUGGUGGGAGAUUAGUCCCCGUUCCUAGCCUCAGUGAAGCUGACAAAUACCAACCUCUGAGUCUUGUUAUAAAGAAGAAAAAGUGUUUUCUUUCAAGAAAAUCUAAAUUUGCUUCAACACCUUUCACUUUAAAAGACAUUCUUCAGGGAGAGAAAGAAAUUUCAGCAGGUGUUUCAUCCUAUCAGCUAUUGAAUUAUGAAGACAAAUCAGAUGUUUCACUCUAUGGUAGACGAGGAAAUCAGAUAAUGAGUGAUGUUGGGGUCAAUAUGGCUGGAUCAGAUUCUAUUGCAGUAAAAGCAUCAUUUGGCAUAGUGACCAAACAUGAGGUUGAAGUACCAACAUUACUUAAAGAACUUACUAGUAGAAAAAUUAACUUUGAUCACUGCCUAGUCCGACAAUCAAGAGAAAGUAGGAAAGAGGUUCUGUGUGUGGUCAUGGAAAGUAUUAGAACAACGCGGCAAUGCUCAUUAUCUGUGCAUGCUGGUAUGCGCGGGGAAACAAUGAGGUUUCAUAUUAUUGAGGACCAAAAUCACAAGGGACGAGACAAAGCUAUUGUUUUUCCAGCUCAUACAACUAUUGCAUUUAGUGUAUUUGAACUUUAUAUUCAUUUAGAUGGUAAUUUUGAGCUCUGUGUCACUCCAAUUUCAAAAGGAGGUUUUGAAAAAGAGCAAUCUGGAUCAUUUUCAUUGAGCAAAUUAAGGAGGAAUCUGUUCCGCCGAAAUAAAAGGGUAAUGGAUAUCAUUGCUAAUUCAGAUGCUUACUUGGAGGACCUAUUUACAGACUAUUAUGAAAAAGCUACAAGCAUGACUGAUAUCUCUACAAGCUAUCUCAGAGAAGGGUCUCAUAUCCGGGUUAAUUUACUUAAUAAUAACAUCCCCAAAGGUCCUUGUGCCCUUUGUGGAAUGGGAAAUUCUAAAAGAGAAACAGUCUAUGGAUGUCUGGAGUGUUCUUUUAAUGGACAAAAGUAUGUACGACUGCAUGCUGUGCCCUGCUUUGAUGUUUGGCACAAGAGAGUGAAAUAAAUAAUCUAUGAGCUUGCCUAUUGUUAUGGACUUCAGUGUAACCGUGCCACAAAUUUUCCAAAACUAUUCAAUUUUGACAGUUAAAAUGCAGCAGACAUUAAAAGUGCAAAAUAUUUGAUUAUGCUGGUAUUUCCUUUUUGUAUUGUAAAGUGAUUCUUUUAUAAGGAUUAUUGUAUUACCUAAGUCCAGAAAUGCCCCAUAUUUGUGGCACUUUCUCAUUUUAUCGUUCAUGGUAAGCAAUCUAAACAUGUUGAAACUGAAUGUCGAAGUAGCAAUCUUUAUCAGCCUAUAGUUUGUAAUGUACUAUAAAAGCUUCUUAUGCACAUUUGGUUUUUUAUGAUAUUUUGUCUUAACUACAUCAGAGUAUGCUGGUAAAAUGAGAAAAUGUGUUAAUAAUUUAGUGCUGUCAUGAAUGUUUAAUUGAAGUAUCAGA